AUGGCAGACGAAUCUACAGAUCUGGACCAAAAUCAGAAAGCUUCCACCGGCGACAAGCACAAAACUGAGGUAGAAACUCCAGACGCGAAGCGGACCAAGAUCAAAACAGAGACGUCUCUCGACGAAGCCAAUGAAGAUAUCAGAGACGAAAAGCAAAGCACUCGCCAAGACGUGAAGCAAGAAUCAGAGGAUUCCAAGACCGAGAUAAAAUCUGAAAAUGGCACAACUGAUGCAACCAAAGCAGACACAGACAUUCCAUCAAGCAUUCUUGAAAAGGGUAUCAUAUAUUUCUUCAUGAGAGGACGCGUGGAUGUCGACAAACCAGAGGAAGUAGGCGACAUUGCGCGCACCUUUAUUAUUCUGAGGCCGAUUCCGCAAGACGCAAAGCUGAGCGAAGGGCCACUUACGGAUGCUGGAAAUUCCAGAAUUCUCAUUCUGCCAAAGAAAGUGCUUCCGGCAAAUGGCAGGGAGCGUUUCAUGGCGUUUGUGGAGAAGUCUGGAGCAUCAUAUGAUGAAAUCAAAGGCCAAUUUCUCGCUGGUGAGGAGUACGAGACCAAGACGAAAGGCACCAGACACACUCCGGCAGCUACCCCGAUAGGUGAGGGUGUCUACGCCAUAACAACCACUGGACGCGCAAGCCAUCUUGUGUACAUGAUUACCAUCCCAGAGAAGCUCGGCGAGGUACAGAAAGAUCUUGGAGUGAAAGAACGAGGGAGUUUCAUCAUCAGCACCAAGAAUCCAAAGUAUCCAUCACCGGCUUCUGCCCGCCUGCCCAAAGACCCAGCGUAUCCAAAGAAGAUCCUUGAGGAGUUCCGAGACUUGAGAUGGAUUCCAUCUCAACCAAAUCACCUCGAUUACGAUAAUGCCCAAGUUCUGCUUAUUGGAGAAUCAUCAGGAUUCAAGAGAGCGCUGGAGCUCCAAGAAGACGAUGAUAGAGCACACAAAGAGGAGCCUCUUGAGGAGAUGGAAGAACUAGAAGAGAAAGACUUGAAACGAAUGCACCAGCUAUCGGGAGAUCACUCUGCGGCCAUCUAUGCAGACUUGAAGGUUCAUGCGGAGGACUAUCCCAAGCUUCAGACUACCUUUUAG